GAGGAGGAGGAGGAUGGCUCCGGCGCCCCAGCUGCCGCCUGCGGGGCUCCCUCUCGGCUUCCCUUCCGCUUGACCGGCGUGAAGUAAAAAUGGUGCAAAAAUAUCAAUCUCCUGUUAGAGUCUACAAAUACCCCUUUGAGCUCGUCAUGGCGGCUUAUGAAAAGCGCUUCCCAACUUGCCCGGAGAUCCCGGUUUUCCUGGGCAGUGAGAUCCUCCGUGAAUCCAAGAGCGAGGAUGGAGCUAUUCAUAUCACUGAACGAAGCUGUAAAUUAAAUGUGGACGCACCUCGAUUGCUGAAGAAGAUUGCUGGAGUAGAGUAUGUGUUUUUUAUACAGAAAAACACCGUGAACUGGAAGGAGAGAACUCUUCUCAUUGAAGCCCAGAAUGAGACCUUUGCCAACCGUGUUGUGGUCCUAGAGAUAUGCAACUACUCAGUUCACCCUGAGAAUGAAGACUGGACAUGCUUUGAGCAGUCUGCCUCUCUUGACAUCAAAUCAUUCUUUGGCUUUGAGAACACAGUAGAGAAGAUCGCCAUGAAGCAAUAUACGGCUAACAUAAAGCGGGGUAAAGAAGUGAUCGAGCAUUAUCUGAAAGAGCUGAUUGCCCAGGGCAUCACUUUCAUCCCCCGGUGGACUCCUCCAGUAGUCUGUAAGAAGGUGGCCAGCGAGGCUCCGUCACAGCACGAAAGCAGCAAAGUGCCGGCUGAAUCUCAUGCCCACGGAAGCGACAAAGAGAGUGGCAGCACCGGCCCUUCCGUCGAGGCAUCAACCCCUGAUGCUGACAAACUGGACGCCGAUUACAUAGAAAGGUACCUGGGGCAGUUGACUCCCAUGCAAGAAAGCUGCCUGAUCCGACUCCGUCAGUGGCUGCAAGAAAUGCACAAAGGCAAGAUUCCCAAAGACGAACACAUCCUCCGCUUUCUGAGGGCUCGCGACUUCAACAUCGACAAGGCUCGAGAGAUGCUCUGUCAGUCGCUGACCUGGCGCAAGCAAUACCAGGUGGACUAUAUCUUGCAAACGUGGAGACCACCCUCUCUUCUGGAAGAGUACUACACUGGAGGCUGGCAUUACCAGGACAGAGAUGGAAGGCCCCUUUACAUACUUCGCCUUGGCCAGAUGGACACGAAAGGCCUUGUCAAGGCCCUGGGAGAGGAGUCGCUCCUUCGUCAUGUGCUGUCCAUUAACGAGGAGGGGCAAAAGAGGUGUGGGGAAAACACCAACCUUUUCGGCCGCCCCAUCACGGCCUGGACCUGCCUCGUCGACCUCGAAGGGCUCAACAUGCGCCACCUCUGGCGGCCGGGAGUCAAAGCUCUCCUUCGGAUUAUCGAAGUGGUCGAAGACAACUACCCCGAGACUCUCGGGAGGCUCCUGAUUGUGCGCGCGCCCAGAGUGUUCCCUGUUCUGUGGACCCUGGUGAGCCCCUUCAUCAACGAGAACACCAGGCAGAAAUUCCUCAUUUACAGUGGCAACAACUACCAAGGCCCGGGAGGGCUUGUGGACUAUCUGGACAAAGAUGUGAUCCCAGACUUCCUUGGAGGGGAAUGUGUGUGUAACGUCCCCGAGGGCGGACUGGUUCCCAAAUUGCUGUAUCAGACAGACGAAGAGCCUGAAGCCUCCGACCACAUCCGCCUCUGGACAGAAACCAUCUAUCACUCCGCAAGUAUCUUCAAAGGAGCUCCCCACGAGAUAGUCGUCGAGAUCUUGGAAGGCGAAUCAGUGGUCACGUGGGACUUCGACAUUCUGAAGGGGGACGUGGCGUUCAGCCUCUUCCACUCCAAGCGAGCCCCCGAGACGAGCUGGAAGGAGGCCACGGUGCCCAGUGCCUUGACCGCUGGGGAGAACGUACAGCUGAUUGGCAAGAGCUGGGCCCUGGGGGUGGACUACAGCCGUGUGGAGUCGCCGCUGGUUUGCCGGGAGGGCGAGAGCAUCCAGGGUUCCCACGUGACUCGCUGGCCUGGCUUUUAUAUCCUCCAGUGGAAAAUGCACAGCCCCACGGCCUGUGCCGGGACCAGCCUUUCUCGGGUGGACGAUGUCUUGGCCUCCCUCCAAGUCUCCAACCACAAGUGCAAGAUCAUGUAUUACUACGAGGUGCUUGCCUCCAAGGAGUUCAGGGGGUCAAUGUCAAGCCUGGAAUCGUGCAACAGCGGCUUUUCCCAGCUCAGCGGAGCCACGACCUCCUCCGACCAAUCACAGAGCAGCUCGCUCAUUUCCAGAUAACAUCAUCCUGGCAAGCCUUGAGCGCUGAGCAGUCGACCGCUGGGCCCAGAUGUCUUCCUCAGGUCUGCCCUGUGGACCGAACCAAA